AUGGUCAAGACAGCCAAGGGAACAAAGAGAAAGAAGAAUCAGGUGGACAAUUCAGAGCAUGAAUUUUUUGGCUCCAUACCCGCAUGGGCAGAAGGAGGCUUUCCAGAUGAAGCACUUCUUCAGAACACUCCAAUUGAUGAGAGGCAAGGAACUGAUAUUGGGUCAGAAAGUGAAAAGGAGCCUUCAGAACGUGAAGCAGAGAAAGAGUCGAAUGCUGUACCAGAGGAAACUGAGGAGACUGCUCAGCCACAACCCAAAAAACACAGGGGACUAACCAAGAUGAAGGAUAUUGCUAGGGAUCCUAAUGCAAAAAUAAGAGUGGAGUUCACUGGGUUAGGUGAGCCAUGCGGAGAAGGAUCAGUGAAGUUGUCGUCGUACUUAGGUCCAUUGGUACGCGAACAUGUUCCCGUACUGAUAGAUGAUUGGAAAAAGAUUGGUGAAGAGCGGAAGACUGUUUUGUGGAAAUCUGUGAAGGUGUAA